AAACCCAUUUUUAUCAAUCACCACUUGAAGAGUCUCGAUCUGUUCAACUGUGAAGUGACGAAUCUGAAUGGCUAUCGGGAGAGCAUGUUCAAACUGCUGCCUCAGCUCACUUACCUGGACGGAUACGACGCAGAGGACCGCGAAGCUUCCGACUCGGAUGGAGAAGUGGACGGUGUAGACGACGAUGAAGACGAGGAGGGGGAGGAGGAGGAGGACGGUGAGGAGGAAGACUUGGAUGAGGAGGAGGAUAAAGAUGAGGUAGAAGGAGAGGAAGACGAAGUCAGUGGAGAAGAUGAGGAGGAAGACUUUGCACAGGAUGGAGAGGUGGAUGAUGAAGAUGAUGAUGAUGAUGAAGAUGAUGAUGAAGUCGUCACGAAGGGAGAGAAAAGGAAGAGAGAUGCGGACGAUGAAGACGAGGAUGACAACGAUGAUGAUGAUGAUGAUGAAUAAAAUCCAACCAGCCAAUCAGCUUCCUCUACUCCUCCCGAACCCCACCCUCCUUUUUUUUACACGCUUACCUCAGUUGCCCCGCCCCUCUAUUUUCCCCCUCUGUAUUUCCACCCUAAUGGGGAUGAGACUGUACUACAUGGGCGGGGCAUGUGGAACUGAGAGAGAGCUAUUGGUCAGGCUACUCAUCAUUCCACAUGUUCACAACUCGACCCUGCCCAUGUUCCCAAGCCCCCCCCCCUCCCCCCCCCCCCCCCGUGUGUGUGUGUGUGUGUGAGUGUGUGUGAGAGGACUUUUGGGAUCUAGAUUUGGGUCUGUGCUUUUAAUAUUUUUUUGGAGAAGUGUUUUUUUUUCUCAUUUGUUUUUCCCCUUAUUUUUAUUUUUUUGUCUCUUUCUUGGUUCACUUUCUCAAUAAGAUUAUCGCUAUAGCAACCAGGUGAUGAGCGAGCCAUCAUUUUUAGCGUGGCAGCUCGUCACACCCCUCAGUGUCACUGCUAAAUUUUUACUUUCUGUAAGACGAAGAAUACAAACUUUGUAAAUAAAAUGACAUUUUGUGC